AUGUCUUGUAUGAAAUUGAAUGAUUCGUUGGUUGUAGAUCCCUGUAAGACAUGUUCACCCGAAGGUGGGGAGUUUAAAAAAUCAAUACGUACAUUGAAAUUUGUUGAAGAUUUAAAUCGCCUCUAUGGUGAAAUUCUUUGGGGUGAAAUAUCGAUGAGCUGUCUGCAGAUAUGUUUUCUACUCUAUUCGCUGGCAAAUGAUGAGAACUUCGCCAAUAUACCAUUUCAUUUUGUUGCCUCGGCGGCCAUAACAAUGCAGCUGAUGAUCUAUUGUUUCGGGGGGGAGAAGUUGAAAAAUGUGAACGACAUGCUUUCUGAUGACAUCUAUAUGGCAAUGCCCUGGGAGAAAAUGUAUCCAUCGGAAAAGAAGCUGAUGCUGCUGCCGCUGUUAAGGACCCAAAAAGAGACUUCGUUGACGGGAUUGUAUUUCAUUAUCAAUCGGAAUUUAUUGGUUUUUAUUUUCAAGACGGCCUUUUCUUUUAUUACCCUACUUGGGGCCAUCAAGGAAGUAUAA